AUGGGAGAUGACAUUGAGAUAGCCCGCAUCGAUACGCACGCAUUGCCCGGAGAACCGCAAGCACCACUGCAGGCCUCAACCGAGCAGGACCAUCCCACCUGGCACUAUGCACGAGUCGUGAUCGCUGGCUUCCUUGUCAUGUCUACAACAUGCGCAUUCAUCUUCUCCUACGGCGUCUACCAAUCUCUCUACGAGGAGAUGGCCAGAGUCGACGACACUCCCUUCACAGGGAGCUCAACAGCCCUAAUAAACCUCGUCGGCAUCCUCGCCAUCGCGUUAAUGUCCAUGGGUGGGCCAUUUGCAAUGCACUGGGCAAAGAUCUACUCCCCACAGGCCGUAAUUGUUGCUGGAGGGUGGGUAUUUGGGAUCGCGUAUAUCCUGUCUAGCUUUGGGAAGGCGCUGUGGCAUUUUGCCCUUACACAGGGUGUGCUCCUGGGGAUUGGGACGUGUCUUGCGUAUGUGCCUACGAUGAGUGUUGCGCCGACGUGGUUUGAUAAGCGGAGGGGGUUAGCCAUGGGAGUGAUUAUCUCGGGUUCAGCAGUUGGAGGUAUGAUUUGGCCGCCGGCUUUGCGUGCAAUGAUCACAAACUUGGGAUUCAGGAAUGCGUUGCGGAUCUCCGGGUGCAUUUCUCUCGUCCUUGUGUCUGUCGCUGGCUAUGCGCUUCGCUGGGAGCCCAAAUUCGAGGAGCAAGUUCGUAUCCAGACGCAGGGUCUCCGACGACGAAGCGGCUGGAUGAAGGCGCCAGUGGUCAACUAUCGCGUGGCGCGCUCGAAGCGGUUCCUCGCGCAGGGAUUGGGCUGUUUCCUGCAGUCUGCGGGAUACUCGACGCCGCUGUUCUUCUACGCGGCAUAUGCGAGUACACUCGGGUACAAUGCCACGACGGCAGCGAACUUCAUCACGCUCAACAAUGCCUCGAAUUUCGUCUCGCGCAUUGUAAUCGGAUACUGUGCUGACCGAUACGGACGGAUCAAUGCUCUCGUCGCAACAACGCUGUUGAGCGCCGUGGCUGUUUUCGCCUUCUGGAUCCCGUCCAUGUUCCAUACGGGAGAAGUCUCAAAAGCAAGUGGCGACGGACUGUUUAUCGUGUUCACAAUCCUGUAUGGUGCCUUUGCGAGCGCGUACAUCUCGCUCUUUCCUGCUUCGCUGAUCGAGCUGUUUGGCGUCCAGCACUUUACUAGCGUCAAUGGUGCUCUGUAUCUCAUCCGUGGCGUGGGCGCGCUCAUUGGGACGCCGUUGACGGGGAUGCUGAUUCCCAAGUCUGGGGCGCUCACUUCAUCGUAUAUCUAUGAGCGGGCGGGCAUUGUAACAGGGGUGUUGUUAACGGCGGCGACAUUGGCUUGUCUCUGGGUGAGGAUUGAGGCGACUCUAGGACAGGCGUGGAAGUGGAGAGUAUAA